GCAGUGGCAAUCGCUGUAGCACUUGGGCCAUGGCAGAGGAUGGGCCGCAGAAGCAGCAGCUGGAGAUGCCGCUGGUUCUGGACCAGGACCUGACCCAGCAGAUGCGGCUCCGAGUAGAGAGCCUGAAGCAGCGUGGGGAGAAGAAGCAGGAUGGUGAGAAGCUGAUCCGGCCGGCUGAGUCCGUCUACCGCCUCGAUUUCAUCCAGCAGCAGAAGCUGCAGUUCGAUCACUGGAACGUGGUUCUGGACAAGCCCGGCAAGGUCACCAUCACGGGCACCUCGCAGAACUGGACGCCCGACCUCACCAACCUCAUGACACGCCAGCUGCUGGACCCCGCCGCCAUCUUCUGGCGCAAGGAAGACUCCGACGCCAUGGAUUGGAAUGAGGCAGACGCCCUGGAGUUUGGGGAGCGCCUUUCUGAUCUGGCCAAGAUCCGCAAGGUCAUGUAUUUCCUCAUCACCUUUGGCGAGGGCGUGGAGCCUGCCAACCUAAAGGCCUCUGUGGUGUUUAACCAGCUCUGAUGACAGCCCUGGCUGCCCUACCCCUGGCCCCACCUCUCCCUUGCCUGGAUCUCCUUCCUCAUGUGUAUUUUGGGGACAUUCUUCUAGCUGCUCCUCCUGUGCUCAUCUUGGCCAGAGUUCCCCCGAGUGCUACAUCCCCUCCUUUUCCCUGGUGCCAGUGCUGCGGCUCACAGUGAUGUCCCAUGGCUCCGUAGUCUAGAAGCCGGAUGCUGCUACUAUAGACUGUAGAGGCCUUUUGGGUCCACGUGGGAAGAUGGAUGGGCCCCCUGUGGUGAAGAGCGGGACUGAGAGAUAAAGAGACUGACCAAGAGAUGCAAACGGCCAGCACUGAUUCCUCCCUUCAGGGAUGGGAGACUGAGACUGGACAGGAACACCUUCCGGGGAACCUGGCAAGAAGGCGUUUGCCCUGCUGGCCAAAGCUGGAGCCAGGAGGCGAAUGCCCAGCCUCUGGCAGCAGGAAGGUUCUCCUCCCAGUGUCGGCAGCAGCCCGCUGUGACCUUAGGGCCUUCAAGACACUGGGCAGGAUGACAGCGGGGCUUGAUCUGACUGCUUUUCCAGGUCUGGGCCUGGUUUUUAUGGAGAAGUGAGAGAGCGUGUAGAAACUGAAACAACUCUAGCCACCCACGCUCAUAUGGGUAUUGAGAGAUGGCAUAACUAUUUGUAUGGAUGUGGGCCUGAGGGCUAGUCCUGGUGAGGAGUAAGGCUAACUUUAGUUUAAUUAUUGAGCUGGUACUGGCUUGUGGACUUGGUGGAGGUGAUCCUGACUGAGGCGUCCUUGGUGCAGUGCUUUUUGAACUGGGAGACUGAGACUCGAAUGGUGUAGCAGAGUUAGAGGGGUCCAGGGCUCUGAGCUAGCAACAGUGAUGUCCCUGUUAGGAAGGCUGGCAUUUGCUGCUCGCUGGUGUUGUGCCCUGCUGUCACCCCCCUGGGCAUAUCCUGGCUGUUCUCCUGGAGUGCAGACCCCUAAGUAAGGCUUGGGUGGGGGCAGUUAGGAUGCCUGACGUCUGAAGUGGGCUGGAGCUAUCUGACUGUGAUGCCUAAACUGACAGGAAAACGGUGGCACAGUUAGCAGGUUCAGCUCUACCCCAAGUCUCAUUGUCCCUCGCCUUGCACAUCCUGAAAGCCUUCCAUUGCCUGUUACCUAGCAUCAGCCAGAGGUACCUCAGCAGUGUCCCCUGACUGUCUCAAGGCUGCCUCCCUCGGGCAUACUGAAGGUAGGAUCUGUCCCAGCUGGUGAGCUGCCAGGACUGCAAACCCCAGCUCAGGUGCAGGAUUCUGGAGGCAGGAGAUAGGCUGUGGUACCGGUGUCUCUUGAGCCGGUGCCUCUGCUCCAUAACAUGCUUGCCGAAGCACUGGCCGGUGCUUCUGGACUCUGCUGACUCUAGGGAGCCACACCCAGACAGUGCCUCUGCCUUUCUGCUUCUCUUCCUGACCUCUCCCUACAGCUUUAGAGACCCCUUUGGUUCACACUGCCUGUGCCCCAACUCUGCCUCACUCGGAUCCGUCUGCCCUGUGGGGACAUGAGUGUCUCUGUUGUGCCUGUUUCACAAUAAAGACUGUGUGCCCUC